AUGACUCUGGCUGCCACAUCCACCCACUGGAUCCGUGUCCUGUCCCGCCUCGCCAUCUGCUCCACACUCAUCCUGGCCCUCAGUGUCGCCCUGAAAUCCCGCGCUCGCCUGGCUCUUCUUCCGCACCACCUCGCCCACUACUUCUCCUCCACCACCACAAUCAUGUCUUACGAGAAAGAACGCUACAUUGCCGAGCUGGCCGUCCAGCGCGCCUCCAUCCUCACCCAAAAGGUCUUCUUCGAAAAGGCCAAAGGCACCGUGUCCAAGGACGACAAGUCGCCCGUCACCAUCGGCGACUUCGGCGCCCAGGCCCUCAUCAUCCAGGCCAUCCGCAAGAAUUUCCCCAACGAUGAGAUCGUCGCCGAAGAGGAGGCGAGCUCCCUGCGCGAGGACAAGGCCCUCAGCGCCGAGAUCUGGGGUCUGGUCAAGGACAUCAAGCUGGACGACGCCGAGAGCGACAAGGUUCUGGGGGGGGCCCUGCCCAGCGAGGCGGAGAUGCUGGAUAUCAUUGACGAGGGCAAGAGCGCCGGUGGCGCCACCGGCCGCAUCUGGGCUUUGGACCCUAUCGACGGCACCAAGGGUUUCCUGCGUGGCGGCCAGUACGCCGUCUGCCUUGGCUUGAUUGUCGACGGCGACGUCAAGGUCGGUGCCAUUGGCACUCCCAACCUGCCGGUGGAUGACUCCGCCACCAUUGAUGCCAGCACAGGCGCCCAGCAGACCGGCAGCGCCGUCAACGGAGUGCUCUUCUCCGCCGUGCAGGGCCAGGGCUCGACUUCCCGCCCUCUGGCGAACGGCGCCCUCGCCCCCAGCAAGGCGAUCUCCAUGCGCGCCGUUCCCGACAUCGCCAAGGCUGUCUUCUGCGAGGGUGUUGAGGCCGGCCACUCGGCCCAGGGCGACAACGCUGCCGUUGCCGAGCGCCUAGGAAUCACCGCUCCGAGCGUGCGACUGGACUCGCAGGCCAAGUACUGCUCCAUUGCCCGGGGCGCCGGUGACAUCUACCUCCGCCUGCCGGUCAAGAAGGACUACCAGGAGAAGAUCUGGGAUCACGCCGCUGGUGAUAUCAUUGUGCGUGAGGCUGGUGGCCAGGUGACGGAUAUCUAUGGCUCCCGGUUGGAUUUCAGCAAGGGCCGGACCUUGGCUGCCAACAAGGGUGUGGUUGCUGCGCCGAAAGAUCUGCAGGACCAGGUGAUUGACGCAGUCAAGGUGGUGUUGAAGUUGUAA